AUGACUAAUUCAGAUGCUCAUCCGCUAGCUCCGGCCACCGUACUUCCGGUAAGCAACGAGUCCCUCUCCCACAACAAGAACGCUCUCGGUCGUCGAAGAAACGGAAUCAAAUGCUUAAUCUGCGUCACUGCCACAUCUCUGAUACUAGUCACGAUCGUGUUGACUUUGAUCUUCACGGUGUUCCGAGUCAAAGACCCGAUCAUAAAACUGAACGGCGUAACAGUCAACGGCCUAGACUCAACCAUCGGGACUCAGAUCCAACUGUUAGGCACAAACAUCUCGUUGAUCGUCGACGUGUCUGUCAAGAAUCCGAACACGGCGUCGUUUAGGUACUCGAACACCACAACGGAUAUAUAUUACAAAGGAACCGUGGUGGGAGAAGCACGUGGACCGCCGGGGAAGGCGAGAGCUCAUCGGACGGUGAGGAUGAACAUGACGGUUGAUAUAAUGACGGAUCGGUUACUGUCGGAUCCUGGUUUGGCUCGAGAAGUAAUGUUGUCGGGUCUUGUCAACGUGUGGAGUUACACUAGGGUUAGUGGUAAAGUGAAGAUAUUGGGGAUGGUAAAGAAGAACGUCACGGUUAAAAUGAACUGCACGAUGGCUGUUAACGUCACGCGACAAGCGAUUCAAGAUGUUGAGUGCAAGAAAAAAAUCGAUCUUUGA